GCAGCUCCGGGCCGGGCUGUGAUGUUUUGGAUUUAGAAACGGCUCUGCAGGUCCUGUGAGAGACCCAGCCCGGCAACAUCAGCAUGGAAAAUUCGUGGUCACCAAAGUUCAGCUCCAUGGGAGAAGAGAUCGCUUACUGGAAGGACCAGGCGGAGAAAUACAAACAGAGCUCGGAGGAAUCGCAGGAGGAGCUCCAGGAGUUCCAGCAGAUGAGUCGGGAUUACGAGGCGGAGCUGGAGAUGGAGCUCAAACAGUACGAAGGCCGGAAUCAAGAGCUUCUGUCAGAGAACAGCCGGCUCCGCAUGGAACUCGAGACCUUCAGGGAAAAACUUGAAGCCCAACAUUCAGAUGCAUACCUACGGAUCUCGACACUAGAGGGCGACCUGACACAGACUACAGCCAUCAAGGACCAGCUGCAGAAAUACAUCCGGGAACUGGAGCAGGGCAACGAUGAUUUGGAAAGAGCCAAGAGGGCUACCAUCAUGUCUCUGGAUGACUUUGAGCAGCGCAUGAACCAUGUGAUCGAGAGGAACGCCUUCCUGGAGAGCGAGCUGGACGAGAAGGAGACCCUGCAGGUUUCAGUCCAGCGGCUCAAAGACGAGGCCAGAGACCUGCGCCAGGAGCUUGUAGUGCAGGAGAAGCAGGAGCGGAAGCCGUCGCUCAGUCUGGGGAAGGACCAGGAGAAGACAGAGCCACCACAGCACCCCCCAGCAACACUUCCCUCUCUCCCAGCAAGCAGUGUGGGGCUCCAGGGCGCAGCAAGCACCUUCACCACCCCCGCCUCCUGCAGAAGAGAAGGAGAUGGUCUUACUGGAACACCUCUGACUGCCUCAGCCCGGAUAUCUGCUCUCAACAUUGUGGGGGAGCUGCUGCGGAAAGUGGGGAAUCUGGAGUCAAAGCUGGCUUCCUGUCGAGAUUUUGUUUACGAUCAGCCGCCAGGUCGGGCUGCUCCUCUGUCCACAGCUGGGGGGGUGAACGCAAACAGAGAAGGCCGUGAAAACAGAGUGAGCCCUGCCAGCCUGCCACUGUUCAACACAGGGUUGGCAAAGCGGUUGGAGUUUGGACCAGGGUCCCCGAGUGUCCCCUCGCAGACGAGACAGUCACCACAAGGAGUGGUCAAGAUUUUACUCUGAGCAUUCCCUGCUCUGUGCUUUACUCCAGAGAACCUUGACUGCACACUUUUUGUUUUCCAACCUAUUAGCAUCUUUUUUAACAUCGAUUUAUGGCAGUUUACUGUCAAGAUGUCAAUUUCUUCUGCUUGUUGUAAGACGAUCCCUGUAGAUGUAGAAAUUUUGCCCUGCUGGUUUGAUAAUACGAGUGUUCAGAUGUACCAGUUUGGAAAUAGGAUCAAACCACAGGCAUGGAAAGAAGAUUCAUAUUGGACAGCAGUAGCUAGUCUAGAUUUUGCUGUGAGUUUCUCAAACUGCUAUGCAUUGGAAGACAUAUGUCUGUUCCUGAACCACACCAGAAAGCCUUUCUAUAGUGACAGCCUAAAAGGUUUUGGUAUGGCAUGUGCUUAAUUCUCUGUUAUUGUCAUACCUGAAGACUUUCAUAGAAAACUUAAGAAAGGGCAUCCCCACCUAACACACACACAUAGCUUUUUGUUACAUUUUACAGCAAAUAGCUGCAGAGCUUAUAUUUUUUUAAAUAUGUUUUAAACUGUACGGAGCAGGACAGCUUUAAAUGAGGAAGUUUAAAAGUUUGCAUUGCUGAGAUUUGAUCAUUUGAGUUUUUUUUCACUGCCUUAUUGGAAAUAAAACACUAUCUUUUUUGUUAUGUAAAAGACACUUAACA